GAGCUCAUCCCCGAGUACCUCAACUUUGUCAAGGGUAUCGUCGACUCCGAGGACCUCCCUCUCAACAUCUCCCGUGAGACCCUCCAACAAAACAAGAUCCUCAAGGUCAUCCGCAAGAACAUUGUCAAGAAGUGCAUGGAGCUCUUCACCGAGAUUGCAGAGGACAAGGACAACUUUGCCAAGUUCUACGAGGCAUUUGGCAAGAACCUCAAGCUCGGUAUUCACGAGGACUCUCAAAACCGCAGCAAGCUCGCCGAGUUCUUGCGCUUCUUCAGCACCAAGAGUCUCGACGAACAAACCUCGCUCAAUGACUACAUCACCCGCAUGCCCGAAAUCCAAAAAUCCAUCUACUACCUCACCGGCGAAUCCCUUACCGCCGUCAGGAACUCUCCCUUCCUCGAAGUCCUCAAGAAGAAGGGCUUCGAAGUUCUUCUCCUUGUCGAUCCUAUUGAUGAGUAUGCUGUCUCUCAAUUGAAGGAGUUUGAGGGCAAGAAGCUCGAAUUUGAAGAGCUCUGCAAGACUAUCAAAGAUGCCCUUGGUGACAAGGUGGAGAAGGUUGUUGUUUCCAACAGAAUCAGCGACUCGCCUUGCGUCCUCGUCACUGGUCAGUUCGGCUGGAGUUCCAACAUGGAACGUAUCAUGAAAGCUCAGGCCCUCCGUGACUCCUCCAUGUCAUCCUACAUGGCAUCGAAGAAGACACUCGAACUCAAUCCCCACAAUGCCAUCAUCAAGGAGCUCAAGAAGAAGGUUUCCGAGGACAAGGCUGACAAGUCUGUCCGCGAUCUCACCUUCUUGCUCUUCGAGACCGCCUUGCUCACCUCCGGCUUCACUUUGGAGGAGCCAACUGGUUUCGCCAAGCGCAUUCACCGCAUGAUUGCCCUUGGUCUCGAUGUCGAUGAGGACUCCGGCGCUGCCGAGACCAAGAUGGAGGAAGAUACCCCAGCUGCCGCUGCCGAGGGAACCUCCGCAUCUGCCCUCGAGGAGAUCGACUAA